AGGAAACCCAGACGGUCCCCGCGCCCAGCUGUCCGGUCCCGGUCGCCCCGCCGAGCGGUGCCCGCGCCUGGCCAUGGACGCCCCGGAGCCAGGGCUCGCCCCAGCUCCCGAGGGCAGGAAGAGGUACAGCGAUAUCUUCCGCAGCCUGGACAACCUCGAGAUCUCGCUGGGGAACGUGAACUUCGAAGUGCUGGCCGCGGACACUGCACUCUUAGAAAACCCAGAGCCUGCCAAGGCCACCACAGCUGCUGUGGCCAGUGACACCAGUUGCUGGAGCUGUCCAUCCUCAGAGGGUCCUGCACCCCUGACAGGGGAGGAACUGGAUUUGCGGCUUAUUCGGACCAAGGGGGGUGUGGAUGCCGCUCUGGAAUAUGCCAAGAUGUGGAGCCGCUAUGCCAAGGAGCUGCUGGCUUGGACAGAGAAGAGAGCUAACUACGAGUUGGAGUUCAUCAAGAGCAUCAUGAAGAUCGCAGAGGCCGGCAAGACGUCCAUCCAUCAGCAGAGCCACAUGCCGAUGCAGUACAUCUAUACCUUGUUUCUGGAGCAUGACUACAACCUGGGAGUCCAGGCCCUGGAGACCCUGGCCCAGCAGAAGAGAGACUACUACCAGCCCCUGGCUGCCAAGCGGACGGAGGUGGAGAAGUGGCGGAAGGAGUUCAAAGAGCAGUGGCUGAAGGAGCAGAAGCGGAUGAACGAGGCACUGCAGGCGCUGCGGCGGGCCCAGCUCCAGUACACACAGCGCUGUGAGGACCUGCGGGCACGCUCGCAGGGGUCCCCCGAGGACCCGCCCCCCCAGGCGUCCCCUGGGCCCAGCAAACAGCAGGAGCGGAAACGGCGCUCGCGAGAGGAGGCCCAGGCCAAGGCGCAGGAGGCCGAGGCCCUGUACCAGGCCUGCGUCCGGGAGGCCAAUGCGCGGCAGCAGGACCUGGAGACUGCCAAGCAGCGGAUCGUGUCCCACAUUCGCAAGCUGGUGCUGCAGGGUGAUGAAGUGCUGAGACGGGUGACCCUGGUGCUCUUUGGGCUGCACAGGAAGCAGGCAGAACGGGGCCCUCGCUCUUUCGCCGCCCUUGCUGAGUGCUGUGCACCCUUCGAGCCGGGCCAGCGCUACCAGGAGUUCGUGAGGACACUGCAGCCUGACGCUCCACCGCCUCCACCGUCUGCCUUCUCCUUCCAGGAGUUUGCACCUGCCAGGCACAGCUUCCCUCCGGACACCAGAAAGAAGCUCUCAGGACCACCACUUCUGCGGCAGGAUGAGAGCUCCGCCGAGCCAGGCGCUUGGGAGGACACAGGCACCGGCUGGACAGGGACUCUGGGUGGCCCUCCAGGCAGUGAUGUGGACAGUGUAGGUGGUGGCAGCGAGUCUCAGUCCCUGGACUCCCCUACCUCCAGCCCGGGUUCUGUCACACGGCGGCUAGUGAAGGUGGCAUCCACGGGCACCGAGUCUUCAGAUGACUUUGAGGAACGAGACCCAGACCUGGGAGAUGGGCUAGAGAACGGACUGGGCAGCCCCUCCCGGAAGUGGACGCUGUCCAUCGCGGCUCAAACCCACCGGCUACGGCGGCUGCGGGGCCCAGCCAAGUGCCGCGAGUGUGAAGCCUUCAUGGUCAGCGGGAUCGAGUGUGAGGAGUGCUUUCUGACCUGCCACAAGCGCUGCCUGGAGACACUGCUGAUCCUCUGCGGACACAGGCGGCUCCCGGGCCGGACGCCCCUCUUUGGAGUAGACUUCCUGCAGCUCCCCAGGGACUUCCCGGAAGAGGUUCCCUUUGUGGUGACUAGGUGCACAGAAGAGAUAGAGCAUCGCGCCCUGGGUGUGCAGGGCAUUUACCGAGUUAGCGGGUCCCGCAUCCGUAUGGAACGGUUAUGCCAAGCCUUUGAAAACGGCCGUGCUUUGGUGGAGCUGUCAGGAAACUCGCCUCAUGAUGUCACGGGCGUUCUCAAGCGGUUUCUGCAGGAGCUCACCGACCCCGUGGUCCCCUUCCACUUCUACGAUGCCUUCAUCUCUCUGGCUAAGACCCUGCAUGCAGACCCUGGGGACAGCCAAGGGAGCCCCAGCCCCAGCCCCGAGGUUAUCCGCUCGCUGAAGACCCUCUUGGGACAGCUGCCCGACUCUAACUACAACACCCUGCGGCACCUGGUGGCCCAUCUGUUCAGGGUGGCCAUGCAGUUUGAGGAGAACAAGAUGUCUGCCAACAACUUGGGAAUCGUGUUUGGGCCAACACUGCUGCGGCUGCCAGACUGUCCGCGGGCCCCUGGUGCCAGCCCUGUUGCUUGCCUGCUGGACUCUGGACACCAGGCUCAGCUCGUUGAAUUCCUCAUUGAGCACUACGAGCAGAUCUUCGGGAUGGAUGAGCUCCCCCUGACUGCUGAGGCCCUGCCCCAGGACCCCAGCCCAACCCCAGGGCACCUCAUAACCAGCCCGCUGCCAGGACCCCCUGCUCCCAUGCCAGUCCCACAGCCCCCAUCCCUGGACAAGGACCUAGGACCAGAGCCCGAGGACCAGAGUGCCCUGGAGAGACACUCUGAGGCCCCGUCCUCCAAGGCCACACCCUCCGAGGCCACACCUAGCACGCUUGCGGCUACGCAGAGUGACCAAAGGGAGGACGACACCCAGAACCCAAGAGACAGAGGAGGGGAAGUGCCCAGUCAAGGCCCUGAGGAUGCACUCCUGGGGACACAGUCCCGUGGUCACUUCAGCCGCCAGCCAGUGAAGUAUCCCCGUGGAGGGUUGCGGCCUGUCACCCAGCAGCUCUCGGGCUUGGCUCUGGUGGCUUCCAAACUAUGUGAGGAGGCCCCGGUCCCUGUGAUGUCUGGGGGGAGUCUGCGGGCUGCCACCUCCCGUGAGGGCAGCCCCCUGCGCCGUGCCCCCCUGCCCAAGCAUUUUGAGAUCACCCAGGAGACAGCCAGGCUGCUCUCCAAGCUGGACAGCAAGGCUGUGCCCAGGGCCACCUGCCUCCCAGAGCCCCAGCCUGAGGAAGCCGAGGACCACUUCUGACCACUCCACCCUGCUAGGAGCCAGGACCAAGAGGAUGGACCCAAGGCCCCCCACUGGGCAGCGUUCAGACAUCAGGCAGAAGUUCGUUGUUGGGUAUUCAGAGUUCCUGUAAGGAGAGCCCUAAAAUACGUUGGGGUGCAAUUUCAGCAUCCCAGGAACUAACCACCAGACUUGUUGUUUCAAGCAGCAGGGGCACUCAGGGUUGGAGGUCGUUUGGGGUCCAUACAAGUCACGAACUCUCGGGAGUUUAGCCAGGUCUCUAACUCAAGGACAAGGGUAUCUCUUGCUAUGUCAGUAGUCAUCAUUCCACGCCACCCCAUCACCGACCCCAGUUGACCAACUGGAGGAGAAUGUGGACAGCCCAGACCCCACUUCCUGGUGGCGCUCAGGACUGGUAGCC